CGACCGGUCACAAAAUAUAGUAAGUUUGCUGCAGUUACGCAUAUGCCGUUUACAACUAGGAUGAGGACGUAUUUUAUGAUGCAGAGUCACUAAGAAGUAUUAAAAUAAUCAAAAAGGAUUCAAAUCAAAUUAUUAUAGAGCAAAGAUUGAAAUCUAUAGAAGAAACAAUGGAAUUAUUCAGAAAAGAACUGGUGUCCAUAAAAAGAGAAUCGAAGAAUCGAAUUUCAAUCCGAAUCACUCAAAACUCACCAAACACGCAUUCUUGCCAUCAACUAAACACGCCAACGUGUUCGGCAUUUAUACCAACAAAAUCGUCUUCGGCAAAUGAAGUUCCUAGGCCACCACCUCCACCUCCACCUCCACCACCCUCGAAAACAAAAGAUUGUACGUUACCUCCACCGCCUACGCUACCACCACCACCACCACCACCACCUACUCCAAUGAUGACAACCGGUAUGCCUGCGUUUAGGGAUGAAGUUCGAGAGACGGCCAAAGGCUCCUCUCUCGAGGGCUGGCCGAACACAAAGACACCAAAAAUGUAUGGACGCAUACCAAUUACAGAAGAAAUACUAAAGUCCGUCGUACUGAAACCACCUGGACAGAGGGUGGCUGGAAAACGUGUUUAA